AAGUGACGUGGUGGGCGCCGUGGUAACGGCGGGGCGAGCGGCGGCGGGAUGAACGCGCCUCCGGCCUUCGAGUCCUUCCUGCUCUUCGAGGGCGAGAAGAAGAUCACCAUCAACAAGGACACGAAGGUGCCCAACGCCUGUCUCUUCACCAUCAACAAGGAGGACCACACGCUGGGCAACAUCAUCAAGUCGCAGUUGCUGAAAGACCCACAGGUGUUAUUUGCGGGCUACAAAGUGCCGCACCCGCUGGAACAUAAAAUCAUCAUCCGCGUUCAGACCACGCCUGACUACAGCCCCCAGGAAGCUUUCACCAAUGCCAUCACAGAUCUGAUCAGCGAACUCUCCCUUCUGGAGGAGCGGUUCAGGGUUGCCAUCAAAGACAAACAAGAAGGAAUCGAAUAAAAUUAUCAUGUUUAGAA